AUAUACAGUGCUCCAGGCGUAGAAUACCAAAGUUCCAGUCCACACAAGUCUAUACUCCAGACGUCCAUUGCAAGCAAACCCGUACAAGAAGCAAUUGGUGCUGUUGGAAUGGAUUGAAUGGACGUUGCAAUUGUUUCAUGUUUGAGGGUCGAAUGAUGAAUGAUGAAUCACAAUAAUGUGAGAACUGACCAAGUGCUCCGAUAACGUGUCCUGAUUGGGUAAUCUGCCUGCGCCGAAUCUCAGGCAGUGAUCGCCAAUUCGUCAUUCAUUCUACGGAUAUGAGAAGUUACCAGAUAACAGAAGCGCUGAACUCCGAGACUCGAAAUCGUUCUCUUUGAUCUUGUUGAGGAUUGAGUCAUCUCCCUUCUUCCAUCGUUGCAUCGUGUCUUCAUUUAGGCACGCCUUCGGUUCCUUCAGUAUCUUCCUCCUUCCAUCCCGGAGCAGCCACGAAACGUAAUUCGGACACAAUGACCCCCCAGGGCCCCAUCCUCCGCACUCUCCCUUCCGAGGAGAUCGAAGCAUGGACUCAGCAAACCGCUGCGGCAUUAUCCUCCUUCAGCAUUACGGAACCUCCACGCGUCACGGGCGUCUCCCUGUCGAUUCCCCUCGAUGACGCGACCCAAGCGAAUGUGACCGCCGAAGAGCGCCGGCGCACAUCCACGGCCCAAACCCCAAGGCCUCGAACUUCUGGCGACACACGUCCGAGGGUGCCCGUUCGCCGCGAUAGCCUCAAGCGCCGAGAGGCCUUGUUGCGAGGCAACGAGGGGAGCCGACGACGACAGCGAUGGGAGAAUGACCGGCUCUUGAACAACCCGUACGCUCAGCCACCGCUCCCUACCGACUGGGAGGUCCGUCCCACGUAUCCGGUUCAUGCGGUGCCAUAUUACCUCGCGCCGUUGUGGGACGCGCGUUUCGCCGCGGAGAACGCGACGAGGACGGCGAAGGCCCGCGUAUCGACGCGUACAGAAGGCCAGACCGAUGCGGAUACCGUUGGCAAGAUUCCCAAGGAGCUUCGGCAGAAGUUGAAGAAAGCCAAGGGCGCGAAGACCCUACUCCAAACGCUCGAGAAAGAAGUGCGCGUGUUCAUCCGCGACUGGGAAGCGAACCGGGUGACGUCGACGAGAGACGAGUUCGGCGACAUCGACUCCGAGGAAGAGGAGAUUGUCUUCGUAGGCCGGUCGGGCGACAUGAGCGACAUGAGGGACCCGCGAGUGUCCGAGGAGCUGGAGCGGGCUAUGCUGGUGCUCAAUAGCCCAGCGGAUGAUCUCAGCGCGAGCUUUGGACGUUGGCUGGUGCAUUCCAUUGGCUCUUAUUACGGCCUUCGCACCUGGUCGGUCACCGUUGGCGAUCCGGCUCGACGAGAAGCCUAUGUCGGCAUCAAAGAUGUCCCUGUGAAAACAAGCACAAGUCGACAACCCGACACCCUUCCCCGUCCUCUGUGGGGACUUGUUUAA